AGCAGGGGGGAGGUGGAGAACAGGGAACAUGAUCUCUGUCUUCCAGAUCACACCAAGCCAAGUGUGGAUGGGGACUUCUUAGGGAGAUCUAGGUGGCUUUUUUUUCAUAUAAACAGCCUCCUCAUUUAGACCUGCCAGGCAGACACUGAGAGAAGGGAAUCAUUCCUCCAAGGCUCCUCCCUGAUCCUUAGAUCCUCUGAUUCUCAUACAGAGGGAUCGAAGACUGAAGGAGAAAAGCACUGGAUCUCCGUACCUCCAACCGCACACCGACAAGGAGACUUGCAUGGAAAUGUAAAGGAAUCAGAUCUCCUGCUUUUUUUUCCAUCUUCAGCCUGUGUUUGGAUGUACUGCUUGUUUCAGCCCAUUAUCUGUAAUAGUAUAAGACAGCGUGCAGGAGUAUAUUGUCUUGGCUAAGGUGAAAUAAUGAUAAAGCAUUGGGAACUGUGAGCCAUACCAGCCUUGCAUAGGAAGCAGCAGGGGCACACUGGAGGUGGAGGUGAAAAUGGUGUGAUCACAGGCACUCUGUACUGGUGGCAUUGGAUUGAUCUGAGAAUAAAAGCUUUGCAUAUUGCAUUUAUUUUAUAUUAACUAUCGCCUGCUUCUGGACAUCUUCUCUUGUCCCUGCUUGGAUGUAAAGUGGACCAUCUGCAAGUUGUCUUCAGCACAUCUCAACAUGAGCUCGGUGACUGGAAAUAAGGAGAGGAUUGCAGUCACAACUAGGAACAAGAAAUAUGGGAUCAGUGAGGUCUGCUCUCCCACCAAAUCAUCUGUGCCCUUUUCACCAGAGAGCUGGUACAGAAAAGCUUAUGAGGAGUCUCGUGCUGGUAGCAGACCUGCCCCUGAAGGUGCAGGCUCCAUCCCAGGUUCAUCAGGAACACCCUCACCUGGUUCUGGAACCUCCUCCCCUGGCUCUUUCUCUGGGUCUCCUGGACCUGCAUCUCCUGGAAUUGGCAACAGUUCUCCAGGAUCUCUUGGUGGGUCUCCAGGAUUUGGCACAGGUUCCCCUGGCUCUGGCAGCGGGGGAGGAUCAUCUCCUGGGUCUGACAGGGGUGUGUGGUGUGAAAACUGCAAUGCAAGAUUGGUGGAGCUGAAGAGGCAAGCACUUAAACUCCUACUGCCAGGACCUCACUCCAGCAAGGAUCCAUCUCUCACUACGGGAAUACAUGACAAGCUGCAAGUACCAAACACCAUCAGAAAGUCCUGGAAUGACAGAGACAACCGAUGUGAUAUAUGUGCCACGCACCUGAACCAGCUCAAACAGGAAGCGAUUCAAAUGGUGACAUCCUUGGAACAGUCAGCCAAUGUUGAACAAUAUGAUGCUGCUUCUCCGGGAUCUCCACCAGGUCACUCUAAUAUUCCAGCCUUGGUGGGCCAAAGGCAUAUGGGAAACCUUCAGCCAAGGGAUUGGGUAUAUAUGCCAAAUCCUUACACAACAUCAAGCUUUCCUGGCUUAAUGGGCAGCAAGCAUGCAGGCAAACCCAACAGUCUGGGGAUAGCCAAUGGUCAAGACAAGAAAAAUGGAUCCCCAUCACACCAGGCCAAGGCGAGCCUUCAGAUGGCCACAAGUCCCAGCAAUGGAAAUGUUUUGAAUUCUGUAGCUAUACAAGCUCAUCAGUACCUUGAUGGAACCUGGUCGUUGUCAAGAACCAAUGGUGUCACUCUAUACCCUUAUCAAAUCUCUCAAUUAAUUACUGAACCUGGCCGGGAAGGACUGACGGAAGCAGCAUUAAAUCGCUAUAAUGCUGACAAACCUUCCAUAUACAGCUUUCCACCGACUCACAACACAUAUGUUGCAAGCGAGGCAUCCACUGGAACAUCUGUGGCAGCUUCUUUCUUUGCUAGGGCUGCUCAGAAAUUAAACCUUUCCUCCAAAAAGAAGAAGCAGAGAACAACGCCUUCAUUGGUGUGUGAACCACCGCUGUUCUCUACCAGCUUCUGUGGGAUUCUUCAGACAUGCCCACCGCCUGCUCCUCCAUGCCUGCUCAGAGCGGUCAACAAAGUAAAAGACACACCAGGUCUAGGGAAGGUGAAGGUCAUGGUGAGAAUUUGUUCCACACUUGUGGGAGAGUCUACUGAUUCCAGUUCCUUUCUCAAAGCUGAUCCACGAAAAAAGCAGAUCACAUUGUACGACCCAUUGUCAUGUGGCGGCCAGAAUGCAUUUCAAAAGAGAGGAAGCCAGAUACCCCCUAAAAUGUUUGCUUUUGAUGCUGUAUUCCCACAAGAUGCUUCACAGGCGGAAGUAUGUGCUGGUACUGUGGCGGAGGUCAUCCAGUCUGUAGUGAAUGGAGCAGAUGGCUGUGUCUUCUGCUUUGGCCAUUCCAAGCUUGGGAAGUCCUACACUAUGAUUGGCAAGGAUGAUUCCAUGCAGAAUCUUGGUAUCAUCCCUUGUGCUAUUUCAUGGCUCUUUAAGUUGAUUAAUGAACGGAAGGAAAAAACAGGAGCCCGUUUCUCGGUCAGAGUGUCAGCAGUUGAAGUGUGGGGGAAAGAAGAGAAUCUGAGAGACCUACUGUCUGAAGUGGCUACGGGUAGUCUACAGGACGGACAGUCACCUGGAGUUUAUCUGUGCGAGGACCCUAUAUGUGGCAUGCAGCUCCAGAACCAGAGUGAGCUUCGGGCUCCCACUGCAGAGAAAGCAGCAUUCUUUCUGGAUGCCGCUAUUGCUUCACGCAGGAGCAGCCAAAGGGACUGUGAUGAGGACGACCACAGAAACUCGCACAUGCUUUUUACUUUGCACAUUUACCAGUAUCGCAUGGAAAAAAGUGGAAAAGGAGGAAUGUCUGGAGGUCGUAGCCGAUUGCAUCUUAUUGAUUUGGGGAGUUGUGUCAAAGCACUGAGCAAGAACAGAGAUGGAGGCGCUGGGUUAUGUCUGUCACUAUCGGCUCUCGGAAAUGUCAUUCUUGCGCUGGUCAAUGGAAGCAAGCACAUUCCAUACAAAGAAAGCAAGCUUACAAUGUUGCUCCGGGAGUCUUUGGGGAAUAUGAACUGCCGCACUACAAUGAUAGCUCACAUUUCGGCUGCUGCGGGCAACUAUGCUGAGACCUUGUCCACUAUACAGAUCGCAUCCCGUGUGCUGAGGAUGAAGAAGAAGAAGACCAAGUACACGUCAAGUUCAUCUGGAGGAGAGAGCUCUUGUGAAGAAGGACGAAUGCGAAGACCAACUCAGUUGAGACCAUUUCAUUCAAGGAAUGUAGUUGACCCUGACUUUCCUCUUCUCAGCUUAUCCAGUGACCCAGAUUACUCAUCGAGCAGUGAACAGUCAUGUGAUACAGUUAUUUAUGUUGGCCCUAAUGGAACAGCUUUAUCAGACAAAGAGCUGACUGAUAAUGAGGGGCCACCUGACUUUGUCCCCAUAGUUCCAGUUUUACAGAAGACAAAGAAUGAAUCAAAACUGGAGGACUCAGUAGAGACUGUUGCUAACAAGCCAGAGAAGGAUUGUCUGAAGUGUAAUACUUUUGCUGAGCUGCAAGAGAGAUUGGACUGCAUUGAUGGUAGUGAGGAAACAAAUAGAUUCCCAUUUGAGGAGGUUCCGGUUCAGUAUGGUGGUGACCAAACAACCAAAGCCUUAUGUAUUGCACCUGAAUCUAACAACAUUGCAGAAUCCAGUAAAGAAGAAAAUAUUUCUGAGAAUCAACAUUCAGAUAAGGAGACCAGAGAGGGUAUGGCUGGCACAUCAUUUAAAAUUCAAAGAAAUCAGUCACCAGUACCUCCUGGGCAUGUAACCAAUACUUCUACCCCAUCCUCUCCAAGGAGUGUUACUGGUAGCUGUGGAGCUCAAAAUGGACCUUCCCAGUUAACCCAAAAUAGCAGCUUACAAGGAAGCAGAGAAAGCCUUAAUAGUUCUGGAUUUGUGGAAGGAAAGCCAAGAGCAAUGGGAUCUCCAAGGCUAGGAAUAGCCAGUCUUUCUAAAACCUCAGAAUACAAGCCGCCGGGUUCCCCCUCUCAGAGGUGUAAGGUCUACACACAGAAGGGAGUGCUACCUUGUUCAGCACCUCCACAAACUGGAAAUAAAGACUCUGGAUCACUUAAUGCUGAUUCUCUUCCCCAACCAGAAAUCCGGACCCCUCCCGUAGGAAUGAGCCCUCAGAUCAUGAAGAAGACACUAUCAAAUUCAAGUAGCAUUUCUGCAGAAGCCACAAUUCUCGACCAGCAGCCAAAUAAUUCAGUGGAAUCUAAAAAGGAGGUUCUUAGUACCACCAUGGUCACUGUACAGCAGCCUCUAGAGCUCAAUGGAGAGGAUGAGUUGGUCUUUACUCUGGUUGAAGAGUUAACAAUAAGCGGAGUUCUCGAUAAUGGCCGCCCUACUAGCAUCAUAAGUUUUAACAGUGAUUGCUCUGUGCAGGCUUUGGCUUCAGGGUCUAGACCAGUCAGUAUUAUCAGUAGCAUUAGCGAGGAUCUUGAGACCUAUUCAAACCCUCCACCUGUUUCAGAAGUCAGCAUAACACAGUUCCUGCCUCUUCCAAAGGUCGGUAUGGAUGAAAAAUGCCAGGAAGGCAGUAGCAGGCGUUCUUCCAUCAGUUCCUGGUUAAGUGAAAUGAGCACAGGAAGUGAUGGUGAACAGUCUUGUCACAGCUUCAUUGCCCAGGCUUGUUAUGGACAUGGUGAAGCGUUGGCUGACCCACCACUUUCUGAGUUUACAACCACAUUACAGAACAUUAGUGUGAUGUGUACUAACAAUACUCAGAAAUUGGGAAUGGACAAAUUGUUGGCCCACCCAGAAAUGGCUAAUGAAAGCCAAAGCAAUGUUUCUCCCAUAAAGAGCUGUAAAAUAUCAUCUUUAGGGAAAACCACAGUCACUAUAUCAAAUACCUCAAGUCUGAAUGGCUGUGAAAACUACAUCCCUUUAAAGACAAAUAUUACUGUUUAUCCUUGCAUCGCAGUGAGUCCUUUUAAAACCCAGGAGUCCAAAGAAUGCCUGCCAGACAUAGACCUAACUGAUAAAAUCCCACCAUCUGUAGAUGACAAAGAUGCCAAUGAUUGUAAAAUUGAAAACGUAUAUGCAGAUCCAUGGCUUAAACGUGAAGAUGAUGUGAAAAGGGACAGUACUAGUUCUGGUAAUGGGCAAGUGCCUAUGCUCUCUAGUAGUGUACCAGAGCAUGAUGUGAACAAAAAGCAGAGCAUGACAGAUAGAUUUAGCAGUAGCAGUGGUGAAGGGAGUAUCUCACCAUUAUCCGACAACCUUAAAAGGAUAGUGGAUGGUUGUGAAAUGGCAUUAACUUCACAUAGCCCCACACAUUUAAGUGAUUACUCCAGAAGAGGCAGCCUCCAGAAGUUAUUAGAAAAGUCUUGCAAGCUAGAUGAACAGGACAAUAUGAAUUAUAACACUGAUAACAACAUUAUUGGUUCUGCUCAGCAGGCUUCCAAAUCUACAUUAGAGAGAAGAGUGGCCUCACCUAAGCAUUGUGUUCUCACAAAGCCUAAAGGAACUCCACCAUUGCCACCAGUCAGGAAAUCAAGCCUGGAUCACAGAAAUAGAGCUAGCCCUCAGCACAGUUCAAGCAGCCCAUCUAAAAAUUCACUGUCUUCAUUACCUAGUCUUCCAGAUGAACUUAGUGGAAAGGUAAUGGGAUUCAACAUGGACACUAGAAGCAAUAGCAGUAGUAAGUUGUUCAGUGCCAAACUUGAACAGUUAGCUAGUAGAACUAAUUCACUUGGAAGAUCUAAUGGAAGUCAUUAUGAAUGCUUAUCUUUAGAACGUGCAGGAAGCCUAUCCUCAGUCAGCUCUAAAAUGAUUCUUGGUAAAGACAGCACUUUGCCAAGAUCUGGGAGAAGUGUAAAUCGAAGCUCCAUGUCAUCUCCAACCAACUCUUCAUUAUCUGCAGGUGCUUCACCUAAAUCCAGCCCCUCAAAGAUAUCUGCAGUAAGUAAGCUUCUCCUUGCUAGCCCUAAAGCUCGUAGCCUCUCAGCCUCUACAACUAAAACCUUAAGCUUCUCCACCAAGUCUCUUCCACAGUCUGUAGGGAGAAGCUCAAGCUUACCUCCUAAUGGAAAAAACAUGUCUUGGUCCACCCAGUCUCUCAGCAGAAACCGAGGAUCAGGACUUGCUUCUAAACUCCCACUAAGGGCUGUAAAUGGGAGAAUUUCAGAAUUGCUCCAGGGAAGUACAAGUAGCAGGGGUGUGCAUUCACAUGGAAAUUCAGACUUAGAUGAACAUGGCAACAUCCAUGGAGAAGAGAAACCUGUUGUGCACACUUUGCCCUCACCAUAUAGCAAAAUCACCCCACCUCGAAAGCCUCACCGAUGCAGUAGUGGACAUGGCAGUGACAACAGCAGUGUGCUUAGUGGAGAGCUACCCCCAGCUAUGGGAAAAACAGCACUUUUUUACCACAGUGGUGGAAGCAGUGGCUACGAGAGCAUGAUGAGGGACAGUGAGGCCACAGGAAGUGGCUCCUCUGCUCAAGACUCUAUGAGUGAGAACAGCAGUUCCAUCAGUGGAAGAUGCAGAAGCCUUAAAACAUCAAAGAAGCGGUCCAAUACAGGAUCACAGAGACGGAGGCUUAUUCCAGCAUUAUCUCUUGAUGCCACAUCUCCUGUCCGAAAACCAGCCAACAGCCCUGGAGUGCGCUGGGUGGACGGUCCUAUGCGUAAUGGACAGCGCAGUCUGGGUGAACCCUUUGAAAUUAAAGUUUAUGAGAUUGAUGAUGUGGAGAGGCUUCAAAGGAGACGGGGCGAAGAUGACAAGACAGUGGCACGAUUUAGUUCCAAGCUGAAAAUCUUGGAGCAUCGCCAGCAGAGGAUAGCGGAGGUGAAGGCCAAAUAUGAGUGGCUUAUGAAAGAACUAGAAAUUACCAAGCAGUAUCUAAUGCUGGAUCCAAAUAAAUGGCUAUCUGAAUUUGACUUGGAGCAAACUUAUGAGGUAGACUCCUUAGAGUACCUGGAGGCCCUGGAAUGUGUGACAGAACGUCUGGAGAACCGUGUCAACUUCUGUAAAGCCCACCUGAUGAUGAUCACCUGCUUUGAUAUCACCUCAAGGCGUCGAUAAGUGGAUGAGGGGUUUGGUAGGGGUAACCAAUCUAACAGCAACCCAAACUUAUUCACGAUAAAAUUAAUUUCUCCCUUCCAACAACACCCAAAGAAAAUGGAUUGAGGACAAUUGAUGGACAUGGAGAUGUUGGAACGUGACAGAGAAUGUGAAUAGAAGGGACGAGAAGAUGUUUUCAGCACAUUACAACCUUCCGUUAUAAAAAAGACAAGGGUCAGCAGACACCUGGAGAGCACUUUGAGAAACUUUAUAGGUUAAUUUUGUAAAUAAUGACUGAAGGCAAAAAGAGAGCCAAAUUUGCCCCAAGUGUAGAAACAGUGGAGGCGGAUGGAAAUGGGACUGAGAACUUUAAAAUUAAUUGGGAGAAAAGGAUGAAGAAGAAUCCACAAUGAGACUGAUUAAGUGCCUUUCAAACCUUUAAUAUCCAAACAUUUAUGUUCAUAUCUUAUUGUGUACAUAUGGUGCUAGUUACAGUAAAUAUGAAAACUCAGAAAAAAAUACCCACAGUUUUUUUUAAUGUAUUUGCAGCUUGUUUGCCAUGGUGUAGAAUUCUAUUUCUGACUUGCUGUUUUAAGUACUUGUGUUUGUUGCAAUGUUUCGGCUUACAGUUUAACUGUUCUUGUUACAUUACGUGGCCACCAGGAGCAAAGGCUUAGUCAUACGGUCUGUUGAAAAGCUUUUUUUGUGACGGCUACUGAAUCCAUACAGCUUGUGCAUGCAUGUUUAGGUAUACAGUAUUAAAUGUACAAUAGAAAGAGCUCCGUACAGUAUUAAAAUGCAAAAAAAAAAGUUUGCACGUUUUGUUUUUCAUAAAAUCAGUUGAGGUAGUGUUUUAAAAUCAAAUAAUUUCAUGGUGUAUCAGAACUUUAAGCAUUGCAGAAAUCCAUUUAAGGCUCUAUACACAGACUUCUGUGGGGGUCAGAAACAAAUGAGAAUUGGUAUGUGUUAGAUUAGUAUCACCAGAUUCUCAUAAAUGCAAAUUUUACUACUGGGAGACGGUUCAUGGACAUCCUUAACCUCUCCUCCGACCCUGCAUCGUUCCCCUUGUUCAAAAGACCUGUAAACCUGCAACAUGUAUAAAAUAACUAGGGAAAGCAGACAGUGGAAGCUACACCAUAUUUCUCUGAAAAGUUAGUAAUCUUUUCACCCUUCCAAACUACUAUAAUAAAAUAUUGUAACCAA